UUGAUCUGUUAUUUUCCAAUUAAACAAAUUUCCCCUAGUUUUAUUAGCUGAUUCUUUAGCUAAUUUCAGUGUGAUGUAGGGUAAACGGUAACUAUGGAGAAUAGCAACAAUCAUUAUUGUCUCUCAAUCACACCUUCAAGCUUAGUACUUUUAUCAAUUAUUGGGUUUAUUACCUUGAUCUUGAUCCGGGCUUUAUACAUUAUACAUCGGAGCAGCCAACCUCGUAGUGCCUCGUCACAGCAAAAGCCCCUCAGCACCCUCAUUGUUCUGGGUUCGGGUGGUCAUACAGCAGAGAUGAUUAAUUUGUUGAACGUGCUUCAGAAAAAUAGUUUUACGCCUAGGUAUUAUAUUGCUGCUGCGACUGAUAACAUGAGCCUUCAAAAGGCACAAGUUCUUGAAAACUCUUGGCUCAAUGAGGGAGGAGAUGAAGAGGUUGGAUCUGCUAAAUUCAUGCAGAUAUACCGAAGCCGAGAGGUCGGUCAAUCAUAUAUAACCUCUGUUGGAACCACCUUAAUUGCUUUGGCUCAUGCAUUGUGGCUAAUGAUAAAGAUCAGACCUCAUGUGAUUUUGUGCAAUGGACCUGGAACUUGUAUACCUCUUUGCGCAAUUGCUUUCAUCUUCAAGAUUCUUGGAAUUAGAUGGUCAUAUAUAUUCUAUGUUGAAAGCAUUGCAAGAGUGAGGAGGCUUUCUUUAAGCGCACUGCUUCUUUACAAACUACGCAUGGCUGAUCAGUUAUUUGUGCAGUGGCCACAACUAAAAUCAAAAUAUCAUCGAGCUCAUUAUGUUGGGCGUCUUAUGUAACUCAUUCAUUUUUGCAGCUGUUCAAAGGGGAAGUUGACAGCAACUUCCUUGGGGUUCCAUCAACGGACAGCAAGUACACUGACGUAUACUUUUUAGCCCUUAGUUCUUCUUUCUACAACUGCUUUAUAUACCAAAGCAUCUUAAUUUGGUAUAACAUUGUAAGAGAUGAAGGAAAAGGCAAUGUGAGCAUGGAAAAUAGAAAUAGGUUGUAGACAUGUAUACCACUCUGGGCAAAACUGGUGAUUUUUCGAGAAGAAGGGGGCUCUUUGUGCUGAUUAUAGUGCGGUAAAAAUUUUAUUUGACACAGCUAUUGACACUUCUCUCAUCAGUUAUUUGUUGAAUUUGAUGCUCAGGAGUUUUUAAAGGAUUUAUAAUAGAACUUUGACACGCAGCAUAUAUCAUUUUCAGUA